AGAACUACAGUGUUUGGGUUCUCAGGCCACCUGCUCUCUCUCUGUUGGUUCUGCUCGAUGGUCACCCUGUGAGCCUUCUGACACAUCUCACAGUGAGCGGAUCCAAAACGUUUAAAGAGACCGACUUGCAGCGAUGCCUUCUCGGGCCCUCCCAACAGAGUGUGUGGCUGUGUUUCCGUUUUCCUGCUUUGACCCCAGGUGCCUUGAGGAGCAAUGGCCACGGAAGCACCUCUGAACAUAGCCCCUUCUGAAUGCAGCCCUGCUCUGGACCCAGACGCAGCUUUCAUCUGGCGGCCGAGCCCUGUCAACAUGCACGUCGCGAGGCCCAAGUCUGCCAAGGGACGCACACGAACCAAUCUGAACUGCUCCCAUAGUUCGGAAGCCUCCUCUUACCGCAAGCCAGCUUCCCCAGCCCCGGCAGUGCCCUGCGAAGUGCCGGGUGGCCAGAAGCCGGUGGGCUCUGCUCCCAAACCCCCCAGUCAGGGAGCUCCGGACGAGAUCCCUGAGCUGCUGCAGCAGGUCCCUGUAGGGCCUUCCUCCUCUCUCAACAAGUAUCGGGUGCUCCCUUCCAUUAACAGAAAGAACUUGGAGGAGGGGGCUGCAGAUACGGCGGCCAAACAGUCGGGCACUCUCAAACUGGGCAGUUUGCAGAAGCUCAAGGCCCUUUGUCGGGAGGAGGCCCGAAGCAGCGGUGGGAGGUCGCGGGAGAGCUGUUUGCGGGUCCCUGCGCCUCCCCUGGAGGGCAAGCCCUGCAGCAGAACCAAGGAGCACAGCUUCUCAAGGGUCGGGAACCUGGAGGAGCCCUCGGACGGAGAACCCAGGCUGCUGUUGGCCGUCCGCUCCCCGUCGGGGCAAAGGUUCGUCCGCCAUUUCAGGCCGACCGACAACCUCCAGACGGUGGUUGCGGUGGCCGAGCAGAAGAACCUGACGACGUAUCACCACUGCAGCAUCGAGACCAUGGAGGUCCCCAGGAGGAGCUUCUCGGACCUCAGCAAGUCCCUGGAAGAGUGCAGGAUCCCUCACAAGUCUGUGCUGGGCAUCUUACAGGAAGAGAGAGAGGGCCAGCCCUGAGGCCCCGCACUGUCCCAGGAACUAACCGGGCGGCACUGGCCCGUGGUUCUCAGCGCUGGGUCUCCAGGGAGCCUCUCUCUACAGUAGUCAGAUGUGUAUAUAAAUUGAGUGUGUUGAAAGACAUCUUUGCAAUCCUUCCAAAGCCUUCCCUCCAGCUCAGCGGUGAGCAGGCGAGUUAACAAAGCUGUUUGUGAAACAGUAGCUUCCAGGUCUGGUUUUCCCCCGUGCCCCCGAGCCCACCUCCACCUCUGGGGCAGGCCUCAUGGGAGUACUGGUGUGUCUCUGCAGUGGACGGCACCGAUGCCAAGCCUGCUUUGCCCUUCUGCAUUUGGCUGUGGGAAUUAUUACUUUCCAGGGGGUCUGAGCCUAGGCCUAAGAGGCUGGGGAGGCAUUACCUGGGGGAAUCCCAGGCCAUGCCAGGGGGUCAGAGAGAGGACUCACUCUUCUCUUUUAGCCUAGCAUCCCAAGUACUCACACACUUCUAAAAAUGGCUUCUGAGACUCAAAGCAAGUUGCUUUUGAGUUGAGAACGCCCAGGUUUGGACCCCUUCUUUGGCAGCUGCUUUUGGAGGCAGGUUCACUGUAGAUGGUAGCACCUUCAUUUGCCGUGAUGCACAGUACCUCCUCUUCAUCCCAUUUCUUUCCCCCUAGUCCCUAACUUUGAAGGAAUAGGACUGAGCUGGCUCCCCCUGUGGUGGUGGUGGCCUCUGGCCCACUAGGCAGAGCUCACUCACAGCCCUCUGUGACCCCUCGAGACCAGUGUUUCCAUUUAAGCAGGACACCUCACAGGGUAGCUCUGUCCUUUCCCUAAGAAAGGGGAUGUUAAGCCAUUGUGCAUGUGCUAAAAAUGAGUAUCUGGACUUUGGAUGGGCAGGGAGGGCAUCCUUCCUCCCUCAGUAGCCAGUUUUGAGACUGGAGGAGGUGUCUUGUUUUCCUCACUACCCAAACAAAGUGACGAAUCCAGACAAUUUGCCAAAGGCCUUCUGUAUUAGAACUUCCCCUAAACACCCCUCCCCCCAGUUAUUUGGACCCUGUUUGUGGCCAAACCUCCAUCGGGAGAAGAGCUACAGAGGUCCCAACAUCAGUGUUCCCACACAAGAGCUACUUGAUAGGACGAGGAAAGGGGGUGGUGUCUUCCCCCUCCCCUUUCCCAGUUAGCCUCAGUACUCACCUAUGAAGAG